AUGGGUGAAAGCAAGCAGAGUGACGUAUUAAAGGGUGGUCAUGCACCAGCCGAAAAAAUCGCUGGUGGAGUACGGAGAACUCGGAAGACGCGGCUUACUUCGGAAUCCGAGAGAAAUCAGGAGAAGCUUGAAGGACAGCAUACAUCAAAAGAGGAUUACGGUGGCGAACUGGAAGAACAGUCGAAGAAUGUGCUUGCAAAUAGUGGUUUAGUUGCAAAGACAAAUAAGGAUUAUCCUGAAGAAGCAAUUCGCGUUUAUCAUGAUAAGCAGGUACCACAGCUUCACAAGUCAACAAAACCGAAUAUACUAUUCCAACCUAGCAAAUAA